AUGGUACUCACGGUUGAAUUUUACUUCAUCUUUAACACGAAGCGAAAGGAAUUGAAGAUGUUACGAUAUAUUACUCUAUUGGUUUGCACUGGUGGUGCUGGAAUUGGACUGGAAAUUCUACAAAGUGUUGUAAAUCCUACUCGUGUAUUUGAUAUAAAUGAUAUUCUCUGCAAUAUUGCGGGAAGUCUAGUAGGAGUGGGGAUCAGUUCAGGGUAUCUGAUGUGGAUAAUGAAGAACAAGAGACCACAAAAACAGAGUUAUAUAAUGAACGUUCGACAGUCAUCGAACAGAAUUGAACAGGAAGACGUGGUUCCGGAGGAAGAAGACUAUAUUAAAAUAGAAAUGAAGGAUGCUGCCGAACAAGUGUGA